GUCAUUGAAUUGUCAUUGAGAGACCAUUGUUUUUGGUCUUUUUUCUCGGGGAAAAUUCACGGAAAAUGCUGGCUUUAGAUCCCAGCCGCGUUAAUUCAACGCGACAAGGAAGUUGUCAAGAUGAAAAUUUGGAUCAAUUUUUGAGGAUUUCCAACUAUGAAGAUACCGUAAAACAACUCGACAUUUACUAUGGCAUUGUAAAAAGACAAUUACUUCAAUUCCAAAGUCCAAUCAGCGGAUUAUUUCCCGUUCUGUCAACCGACACAGAAGUUGGAAGUGUUCGUGAUUCGAUUUAUUGCGCCGCUGCCAUUUGGAGUUUGUAUCAAGCAUAUCGCCGCAUCGACGAUGAUCGCGGCAAAAGUCACGAACUCGGUCAAAGCGCUGUCAAAUGCAUGCGUGGCAUUCUCGAAUGCUGGAUAAAGCAGGCAGAUCGCGUCGAACUCUUCAAACAACGACAAUGCACGGCCCAUGCGUUGCACGUAAAAUUCCACAUUCACACGGGCGAGACAAUUUACAGCGACGAGGCUUACAAUCAUCUCCAAAUUGACGUCAUCUCGAUUUAUUUGAUCUUUCUCGUGCAAAUGAUCACGUCGGGCCUGCAAAUAAUUUUCACACAAGACGAAGUCGCCUUCGUGCAAAAUCUCGUUUAUUACGUUGAACGAGCUUAUCGAACGCCCGACUACGGAAUGUGGGAGCGUGGCACGAAAUAUAACGACGGAACGCCCGAAAUUCACGCUUCGAGCAUCGGAAUGGCAAAAAGUGCGCUCGAAGCGAUCAACGGAUGUAAUUUGUUCGGCGAGAAGGGAGCUUCGUGGAGUGUCGUUUAUGUCGAUAUCGAUGCUCACAACAGAAAUCGGAGCAUUUUUGAGACAAUGUUGCCGCGCGAAUCGAGUUCGAAGGGUGUUGAUGCCUCGCUUUUGCCAACGUUGUCGUUUCCGGCAUUUGCGUCGCACGAAGAACGUUUGGUAGAUCAGACAAAAGCGAAUAUCGUGAAUAGGUUGCGGGGCAAAAAGGGCUUCAAACGCUUCAAUCGUGACGGGUAUUUGUGUCGAUUGGAGGAAAGUUCGCGUCGUUAUUAUCACAAAUCGGAAAUUUUGCACUUUGAGGGCGCCGAAUGUGAAUGGCCCAUGUUCUAUACUUACAUGAUAAUUGAUGGCGUGUUCAAAAACUUGACAGAUCAGAUCGAGGAAUAUCAGAUGGAGUUACGGAAAUGCAUGUUUUCCGAUGCUAAUGGCGAUCCCGUUGUCGCAAUGUACUACAAACCCGAAGAGAUGGGCGAAAGUUAUCAACGUGCUCCAGCGCAACAUUUGUUCCUUUGGGGUCAAUCUGUCUUCAUCAUUGCGCAACUUUUAACUGCUGGACUCCUUCACAUUAACGAACUUGAUCCAAUUCGUCGUUAUCUGCCAAGUUACAAUCGCCCGCGCAAAGGAGGACGUUAUUCUGCUUUUCAGGCAAAACCUGGAUUGGGAACUGCAACAGAUCUUGUUGUUCAAAUUGUGCUUAUUGCUGAAUCGAUGCGAUUACAAGCGAUGAUGGCUACUUAUGGAAUUCAAACUCAAACUCCUCAUGAGGUUGAACCUGUUCAAAUUUGGUCAUCAACGCAACUGAUUCAAGUCUACAAACAGCUUGGCGUGAACGAAAAACUCGCAUUAAGCGGGCGCCCAUCUCGUCCCGUUGGUUCAUUGGGCACGAGCAAAGUUUAUCGCGUGUGUGGCAUGACUGUCGUUUGUUAUCCUCUCAUCUUUGAGGUUUCUGAUUUUUACCUUUAUCGUGAUAUGGCGUUGUUAAUAGACGAUAUUAAGACCGAAUUACAAUUCGUUGGGAAGUAUUGGCGUCUCAGUGGGCGCCCAACUGUUUGUUUGUUAAUCAAAGAGGAGCACAUGCGUGAUCCGCAGUUUAAGGAAAUGAUCGAUUUGCUUGCCAUGCUGAAAAAGGGCAAUUGUGACGGCAUGAAAGUUCGCAUCGGACGUCUUCAGAACUUACUUUCGAGUUCGUGCACGGAACAUUUGGAUUUCAUGUCGGAAUUACCCGAAACGUGUGAACCUGCUUUCACGCAAAUUCAUCACGAGUACAUUGGAUACCAAAGUUUAACGGAUGUGCCACGCGCCUUGCCAUAUACCGAGCAGAAAAUCUCCUUUGCCGACUACGCGCAUCGCCCAAUGCACGAAAUUUGUGCCAUUUUACGAGAAACUGACUCCGUUUUUACGCAUUGUCAACUUUUGGGCAUCGUUCUAAAUCGCGAAGGACCAAAUUACGAGAUUAACGGGACUUCGGUGCAUUCGUUGCUCACGAGUUUGUAUUAUCGCGCAGGUACGUUGCGUUAUUGGCGCGGCGUGCGGUAUUGCAGUUCCUUGUUGCGACACAUUGUUGACUCCAUCAGUCCUUUUAUCACGACGGUUUUGGUAAAUGGCAAGCAAAUUACCGUUGGAGUAAUUCGACAGAGAGAAACUGUGUUCGAUAAGCCCAUGACGCCGUCAGAAAUUCAAAAUGUUAUGUAUAAUACGGUACAACCGUUUGAUGUUGGACAAGCUGUGUUGCAGCAAGAAGUUGUUUUGUAUUGUGGUCGAUUGAUUGCGACGAAUCCCGAAAUGUUUACGGGAAUUUUGAAGAUCCGCGUUGGAUGGGUUUUAGAAGCGAUGCGUUUGUAUUUGGAGAUCCACGGAGACGAAGGCGCUGACAUUGACAAUCUAUCCCCUUACCAAGUACGGCAAUUACUUCAUCGCGUCUUAACUGUUAGCGAAUGGGCGAACGAAGACAAAUUAACUCCCAUCCAAAAACGUCAACUUGAAGGCUGUUUAUGUCGCGUUCCCACGCACUUUUACAAUCUCGUAUGGGAUGUUCUUCAACGCACGCACGGCAUCAUGAUGGAAGGUCAUUUGCUACCCGCGGAACCCACACUUACCAACAUGAGUCGCAGCGAACUCUCCUUUUCGUUGCUCGUCGAAGAAAUGCUCCAUCAAAUCAGUUUGCCGGAACGACGUCAACUCGCGGUCGAAUGUUUGUGCAUCGUGGCGACAAUUCUUUCGCGUAACCCCGAGUUGCGAUUCACGCAUGUUUUGGACUUGGGACAACUUAUUCAGGAUGCGAACAACAUGUACAACAAAGAUCACAAUUUGCCGCCUUCGGAUGACGUUUCGUUGCUUUAUACGUUGCCGUAUGCCGAAUCGACGGGAUAUCUCGCGCGAGCAGCAGUCAACAGUGUUUUGCACAAAGCGGCGUUACUGAGCGACGAAUCGGGUCACGUCGAUGAGGCGUGUCGUGUGUCAUAAGCGGGAAAAAGUGCUUUAGAAAAAUUUAUCGAAACUGAAUGGAAAAAAAUGCAAUUCUUGAACUCUCAU